AUGGGUCGCGUGAAACUAGAGAUCAAGAGAAUAGAGAAUACAACGAACCGACAAGUUACGUUCUCAAAACGUAGAAAUGGUUUGAUAAAGAAAGCUUAUGAACUGUCGGUUCUAUGUGAUAUCGACAUUGCUCUCAUCAUGUUCUCUCCUUCCGAUCGCCUUAGCCUCUUCUCCGGAAAAACUCGGAUCGAAGACGUUUUUACAAGAUUCAUCAAUCUUCCUAAACAAGAACGAGAGAGUGCUUGCUUUCCCGACCAUAGUAGACACCCAGAUAUUCAAAGCAAAGAGUGUUUACUAAGGAUUUUGCAGCAACUCAAGACUGAAAAUGACAUCGCUCUUCAACACACUAAUCCUACAUCUAUCAACUCCGACGUCGAGGAACUUGAACGUGAAGUUUGUAGGUUACAACAACAACUCCAAAUGGCUGAGGAAGAGCUAAAGAGAUACGAACCAGAUCCAGUAAGGUUCACGAGCAUGGAGGAUUAUGAAGUCUGUGAGAAGCAACUUCUCGACACUCUAUCACAUGUUCUCCAACGACGAGAUCAUCUCUUGAGCAGCCAUCAUUUAUCUUCUUACGACGCAGCAUCUACUAUGCAACAAAGCAUCGCUGGUCCUUUUGUAAACGACGUCGUUGAAGGUUGGUUGCCUGAAAGUGGUCACAACCAAACCCAUCUAUUUGAUGCAUCGGCCCAUUCCAAUCAACUCAGAGAACUAUCAUCGGCAAUGUAUGAACCAUUGUUGCAAGGAAGUAGCUCAAGCUCGAACCAAAACAACAUGAGUGAAUGCCACGUGACGAGCCACAACGGUGAAAUGUUCCCUGAAUGGGCUCAGGCGUAUUCAUCCUCGGCCUUAUUCGCUCCUAUGCAGCAACAGCAUGGAGGUGUGGUUCCUAGUAUAGAGGAGAUGAUGCCAGCUCAGCAAGGUGAUAUUCCGGCGGUGACGACGGAGGCACAAGCUGACCCUGAAAUCUCCGACUAUGAAACUAAGGUUCCUCAGCUCAGUAGCCAAUAA